UCAGCACUGUCAGCAGUCGCUUCGCUACUCGCCAGUCGGUGCGUAAGCUGAUAAGGUUAUGUUCGCGUGGCCUCCGUUCUACUAACAUUAGUUCGCUGUCUAAAUUGUGUUGUAACUUACUCAAGUUUAGUAAUAAAUAAGUAAUAGAGUCAACCUACUUUGUAGCACCCCGACCGACCUUUAAAAUAAAUACGGAGCAAAUACUUGUGUGGGAAUGAUUUGCAGAUAGAUGCACAGAUAUGCCACCACAAACUAAUAGUAGAUGAGUUUCGACAGGGAUUAGCCUACCUGAAUUACUGUAUUUACUGUUCAUCCGAAUUGAUUCGUACAGACGUCUGCUCCAUAAUAUCGUUCUGAGAAAGAAAUUCCUAGGGGCACAAUGAUUGAACAAGACCAUCCCGAAUUACUAGAGGCAUCGAUGAAUGUCCAGCCUGAACAGAGGGAUGCCCAACCAAAACCAAAAAAUAAGACCGGACAAAAGUCGGACAAUACAUUCCAAUGUGCAAACUGCAGUUAUUCAGCCAAAUACAAAUCUGCUUUGGUGAGCCACAUGAUGAGCCACAGAGCGUCCUCGGAGACGACAAUGUACAAGUGCGACGUUUGCCAGCACGAGACCAAAAGAAAAGCCGAUCUCAGGGCCCACAUGAUAAUCCACAUGGAUCCGGCAGACGUGAAGAUCUUCUACUGCGCCAACUGCUCCUACUGGACGAGAAGGAAGUGCGAUCUCAAACAGCACGUCAUCGUUCACCAGGACUCUUCAUACAAGUGCCCUCUCUGUCCCUUCACGACGAACAACAAGCUAUAUCUCGACAAAACGCAUUCCUUGCAUCACAAGGACGACUCUGAGGUUACAGUAUAUAAAUGCGAACAUUGCCUGUACGAAACGAAAUUCAAGCAUUUGUUCAAGAGGCACGUGACCACCCACCAGGACCCGUCCACGCGACCGGAGUACCAGUGCAACUGGUGCGAUUUUACCACUAAGAGCAAGAUAGGCUUAAAGAAUCAUAUGCUGUUGGUGCACACGUGCCCGUCGGAGAUCGAGAUGUAUCGGUGCGAUAUGUGCGAAUACCAAUCGAAAACGAAAACGGGGGUGAGGAAUCAUAUACGGAAUAAACACAUGCCGGCCGAGAUAAAGUAUAUGUGCCCUCACUGUCCGUUCAGGACUAAGAACAGGAAAUAUUUAAAAAAGCACGUGAUGCUGCAUCAGGAUCCUUCGAAAGUUACGAUGUACCAUUGCGAUAGUUGCGAUUAUAAAUCGAUCCGCAAGGGAAAUGUUAAGUCGCACAUGUUCACUCACGUAAAGAAAAAAGAUAUCGAGCAGAGAGUAAUCUAUAAAAAACCAUAGAGCGAAGGCGGUGGGCCAGUGUGAUCUUGUAGAAGCAGAAAUUGUUUUUAUUUUUGGACUACAGCAAGAAAGCAUCAGUGAUAGUGUAUUUUAAACAUGUUUAUUUUAUUAUGGAUGGGAGCAGGACUUUAAUAAACUUAAUAGUAGGGGAACUCACUGUUGGCAUCCAUUUUUGGUGGCCUUGAAAUGACUGCCAUGUCCUCUAAGAACAUUGACACUUUCUGAGUGAUGAGGUGGCAUUAUUAUCACACGCUCUGGAUUUGGAAAUGACAGAAGGAUCAGUUAUAUCUCAGGCUACCCGAAAACUUCCCUAAAAUGGAUCACUGAGAGCCCAUGCUAAGCCCCAAAGUAGAAUGACAUGUUCAAAACGCUUAGAACAGCGUUAACUAAUGAGUUGCUUGGAAUCUUGAAAGGAAAAGAAAAUUUGGUAAGAAAAAUUGAUAAAAAAAAGUGAUUACACCAAAAAUAAGUUGACUUUAUUAAAAGAGAAAAAUAUCAAAGAACAAUAAUUGUCAAUGAGGAUUUUAAGUUAUACCUUUUAUCGUCUUACGGGAAAGUUACUAGGUUUGUAAUUUUUAUAACUGUUAGCAAAAGUUAUGACAAAGUCAGUUAGUCAAAAGUUGU